GGUGAUUGUGACACGUAAGUGACGGUGAACGAACGUGAUUGUGACCUAAUGCUCAUGGGCCUGGUAUGGACGUUCCUUCUGAAUCCGAAGUAAGAAACCUCAUACACGAACUACAACAUCCUGUAUCCGAUUAUCCUACUCUCUCGUCUCUCAUAGCCGCUCCUCUAGACUGUCUGUCCCUCCUUCCACCCGUUUAUCGGCGCUACAAUAUUAAUUCUCUACCAUCGGGCUCUAUCAGACUUUCUGUUCAUGUUCCGUUGUUACAGCGCGCUCUACUUCAACAUGUUCUACCCAAUUGGGAUUUGGAACUGGAGAAACAGGGAGAUUUGACGCUUCUCGACCAGUACUUCUGUCCAGAUCUUUUCUCAUUUGCUUCCCCUAUGGCCGGAGAAGUCGCUGUGCUCGCGUAUGCGACCCUCGUUUCACUCCCCAUCACAGAUCACUCCCUUCGCCUAUUGGCCCGUUUGUCUAAAGAAUACCCAGUCGAUAGGCUUCACACUGCCAUCUUUUCUCUGAAUGACUCUUCAGCGAAGUCAAAUCAGAAGUGGGAAGACUGCAUUCGGAAUGUCGUAGCAGUCCCUGCAAAAGUAGGCAAUUAUUGUGGGGCAAGAAAGUUGAAUGUCCCCGCUUUUUUGGAGCACGGAGUCUACUUCAAUAACUUAUCUGUUCGUUGCGAGAGCUUAAUAUGGGCAUCCUCUAAAGAACAUUCAGCCUCAAUAAAUUAUCUUCUCACGAAGCUCGUUAAGCUCGGUGUCUUUCCCCCACAGUCACCCAACUCAGACUCCCAGCCUUCCUUUUUCAAUGCGACUCUCCCUGUCAUUCGAUCAAGACUUUCUCAAGAUGACACGGAUUCAUAUUCCGCAUCGUGGUCGCGUAUCUUUCGAGGGUUUGAGUCUUCCUUCGUAUUGCAGCAUGUGCUAGCGUCUCUCUUCACCUGUUUAAAGUCUCCAGAAUUUAGUACAGAUGGUUCUCUGUUGGCAAGAGUUUCCGUAAAACACGAAGCCUUCUUCAUGAGUAGGCUUUGCCCUAUUCAAGCCGACGACGUUGAACUUUGCCAGGCGGUCUCUGCGGUAAUGCUUGGCCGCGAGUGGCAAGAAAGUCUGAGUCGUGUUUUCGUUUGUUGGUGGGCAGAUAAUAAACUUCUCUAUCUUCUUCUCGAAAACGUUGUUUCACUCUGGUCAAAUCCGGAUCAUAUCAAACAUUCUCUACUUUCCCGUCAUCGUUAUGUGACCUCAAUUCUUCUUCUCACCAUUUCAUACUUCCCGUCUUCGUCUCCAGAAAUAAUCUCUUUGGUUCUCUCCACCAGUUUUAUAAAUGGAAUCAGUGUAUACAUCAACAGUAUGGACAAUAAUAUCCGCCAUUUUGGCAUGUUGGUCGCGGAAGUCGCCGCACAGCGUGCAGGAAGAAAUCUGGACUUCAGGGAUUGGGAUGGAGACGAUAGUGGCAAAUUGUGGGCACGGAAUCUGCGGGCCUUACUGGUGGUCCGUGACGCGGAUGCUGAUGCGCGCGCGUUGAACGAAGAAGAUAACUUAUACAAUGUAAUCUCGUCUGGGACUGCCCAAGCGGAGAACUCAGAGCCCAAAAAAAAAUCUGCCAUUACAAUCAAAUCUGACGAGUAUGACUCCGACAAUUCUAUAACAGGGUAUGAUUCUACCCCAUCCUCGCGUUCAAACUCCCCAACUCCAUCGGAGCUGGAAGAAAUCGAAAAAGACCCGUCCCUCAAUGUUGGCCAGAAGAAAAUACCAAGGCCGAUUUAUCUAGCUCAGUUAGGAGCUAUGCUGAGGAGUAUGGGUGGGAUGGCAAAGGAUAAUCCCUCUGAAGAUGCGGACAGGAUCGAAGUAGCUCUGAAUCAUGCAGAAGAACUCAUACGAAAGAAGAAAGAUUAUGGGACUGAACUUGAGGAAAAUGCUGUCAAUUUGGCAUAUGGCCUGGCAGGCUUACAAGACAACUACAACCUUGACAGAUUCAAUGAAUUGCGGCAGAACGCAAUGAAUGCAUUAGUCGCGUGUUCCCCUCGUAAGGCUGCACCGUGUAUAAUUGAAGAGUUUUUCAAAAACCAAUACUCGACUGAGCAAAGAUUUGUUAUGCUCAACGCUCUAGCCUUGGGUGCUCGAGAGUUGGCCUCUCUACCUACUCAAACUACUAGUCUCUCCAGUGAUUCCACAUCUUUCCCUAGCAAGCGUUUACCAGGACCUUUACAUAGAAAAUACCUACCUUCGUCCGCAACGUUGCCUCAGAUUCUGAGCGGGAUCACACGACAAGCUAUCGAUAGAGGUAAAGAGGCCACAGAAGACAAAGUCCCCGAAAUCGUACGCGAACGGCGAUUUAGGGUUCAGCGAACUAAACGUAUAUCCGAAGUGGAUUCAUCGACACUCACAGCGCGCAAUUCCCCACAUAAACAAACGACAUUUAAUGAGGUCGCAGCCGAUUAUUUUGUGGCUCCUCUAAUUAACCGAUUCUGGCUUUUCCUUCGAGACGAACAAACGCGAGAGGCGCGAACAGCAUAUCAUGAAGGCCGGACUAAGUACCAUGGCGCAGGAACGGGUCUGAUUUUGAACUCCCUGGUUAUGACCCACUUCCUACGCACCUUGACCGUUUUGGUACAUGCAUCCGAAAACACUCCAGAAUGGCUGGGAUUCCUGGCUCCCGAUUCUUUGGAGCUUGCCUUGACAUUAGGCACAAAACCAAUAUCUAUCGCGGAUAGUUCAACUGAGGAUACUGGCACCGCUGAAAAAGGAACGAAAGAGGCAUCAGUGCUAGCGUCCGCGUUAGAGCUUGUGCUCAUCGUCCUUGAUGGGUGUAUUCAGUUAGACGGAGGUCGCUCGCUCAGUCUGGACCAGGCCACAUUGUUGAUGAGUGUCAGUGAGUGGGCUUCAGUCGUUUUCUCCCGGUUAGAGGAUGGUAUUAAAUUGAAGGAUGGGGGAGGAGAGCAAGGUGCCAAUCUUAGACGUGCGGCUUCCGGAGUUAUCUUGAAGGCGGACGAAAUAAUAUCAAAGUAUCGCAGAUCUAUGAUUGAUAUAUAUUGAUAGAUAGCAGUGACCCGUGCGAUGCACAAUGAGAAGCUCAGUUCCGCUCAGGGCGUCGCGUUGCUCCGCCCACUCGCUGCUACCUUCGCCCGUGCAGUGUUCGUUUGUAACUUAUUAGAUAUAG